AUGCCGUCCUGGACACCGCUCUCCGCCCCGGCCAGCUCCGCCCUCAACGGCACGUCCAUUCACACCUUCCACCACAACACCAUUGGCCGCAUAAACAGCAGCAGCAGUGCAGCAGGCCCGAGCCGAUUCUCGCCCGUUGUGGGCUCCCUACGUCCCGUAAGCCCGAACUCGUGGAACAACAAGUACCCGUGGACGACCAUGGUCAUGGCCCCGGCCCCGGCCCCGGCACCCUCAACAUCAACAUCAACAUCAACAUCAACACCAACAGCGGGCCCCAGCGGGCCCACUACCGCGCACGACCCCCCGCGCGACCGUCUGCCAAAGGAAGCAUACUCGUUACUCCAAAGAUACUACCACACAGUGUCGCAGUACCCGGCGAGCGACGAGGUCGAGCGGCUGAGCGCGCAGAUCCGCGCUAUGCCCGGCGGCGAGAGGUGCACCCCGGAGCGGGUGUCCAAGUACUUCUUCCACAAGCGGUACAAUAUGGCCUCGAAGGCCCACGCCGGCCAUCAACAUGAGCAUCACCCUGCACCCGACGCCCCCGCCCUCGUUCCGCAGCCUCAGGUGAAGGCAGAGAAGGGCACCCGCCAGAAACGGAACACUGUCGGCACGCUCGGGAGAACGACUGUUGGCAUCCUGUACCCGAGCCUCAAGGACAAGCGCGCGCGAAGCAGCGUCAACGUUCUCCUGAGGGAGGUCCCAGACCCGGAGCUUGAGCUCGCGCAGAUCUGGGCGGAGCGUAUCGGAUACGGCGCGAAAGGGGAGGACAUCGUCACCUACGCGCGCCACCUCCGCGCGGCCCAGGCACAACAAGCCCAUCAAGUGAGAUCAGAACCCUACCAGCAACCGCGGAGCAUGCAAAGUGGUAUAAUGCAGAAUCAGAUGCCGCAGAUGACCCUCAAGCCCUUCCACGCGACGUCGCCGUCCCUCGGGGGUCCGCAUCCGCCCACCCCCGAGACGUCGACGUCGCCCGAACCGCAGACGCAACCGCCUUCGCCGAUCUUCGAUAACGUGCACCCGAAGAAAGAGGAAGACGACGAGGAAGACGAGCUCUACUCUGACGAGGAGACCGAGUACCAACCUUCUCCGGUCGUGCCGUCGAAGCCCCCCAAACAGGAAUACAGCUACACGUUUCCGAGCGGCGAACACCUGCGCAAGCUUGCGGACGACGUGCACGCCGCGCUCUCUCAACCAACCAGGCCGCGAGAGGGCGCGCAGCCGAAAACGUUCGCGGAGAUGGGCGAGUGGUUGAAGCAGCAAGCUGCGCAAGACGUCGAGCCGUUCAUCCAAAAGGCCGUCAAUGGCACAUACAUGCACCUCGGGAUCCCGCCUCAUAUGCCCUCAUGA